UGUUACCAUCUUCCUGAAUGUGAUGAUUCCACCUGGGCUGCGAUUCCUAACACCUUCUGUAAUGGAACGCGUCAGUCUCCCAUCAACAUCAGCUCCGGCGUGGACGAGGAUCCCGGUCUAGUGCCUUUCAACUUAACCGGCUUUGACAACCGAACUGUCAUGUCAAAAAUCAUCAACACAGGCAAAACGGUGAAGGUUAUGUUUAAACCUAAGAGUUUGGGUUUGAGUGGAGGCUCUCUCUCCGCGGACUACUUGCCCCUGCAGUUCCAUCUGCACUGGGGCAACCUCAGCUCUGUCCCUGGCUCUGAGCAUGCUGUGGAUGGACAGCGCUACCCCAUGGAGAUGCACAUUCUCAGUGUUAAAAGUAUCUACAGCAGCAAUUUUUCGCAAGCUACAAAGGACAGCGAAGGGCUGGCUGUCCUUGGCUUCUUCAUUGAGGUGGAUGAUGACACAGUGGAUCAGCCAGAGAGCUGGAGGAAGCUGACAUCUUAUCUCUCCAAAAUCACUGAAAAGGGCCAGUCUGUGAGGAAUAUCAGUGGUAUCUCCCUGGAUGACCUGAUCGGUGGAGUGGACACCACGUCCUACUACAGAUACCUGGGCUCCGUCACGGUCCCUGCUUGCCAUGAGAUCGUUGUUUGGACCGUCUUUAAGGAACCCAUCAAAGUCAGCAAGAAUCUGAUCGAUCAGUUCAGCACAACUGUGCGGGUUGGCAACAACUGUUCAGAGUUCAUCACCAACAACUACCGCACCCUGCAGCCCCUCAAUGGCAGAUGAGAUUGGCUAUAUCUUUCUUCUCUGUGGCUAAUAUGCCCAACAAACUUAUGGUGCUGUACCAAGCUGCUGCAGUCCACCGUUGCCUCCUCAGGACUGUAGUGGGUGAUAUGCACAGUAAAAAACCCUCAGUGUUAAUUCAACACUUAGCAUGGGCACCAAAUACAGUCUAGAAAGCUCUAAAUGAACGAAGUGUUGAAUUAGCUCUGCGUUUUUUACCAUGUGGGGUGUCAAAAUGUCUGUGAAAAUCUCAUUCGUCUAGGUCAUGUUAUUUAAAAGUGUAGUUGUAAGAAACUAUUUGUACUGUAUAUGGGGUGUUAUAGGUGCAGUUACACAGGUGUUGACACAAUUUAAAAAACUUGGUUAAAAAUCAUUCCCAUUUUUAUUUUGACAUGGAUUUAAAUAACAUUGUAUUAUUACAUCAUGUUCAUAAUCAAUGUGUUAAUCAGUGUUUUGUUUGUAACAUAGGCUGUGACACAGACUGCAUUUUUGUCACUUUGUAUCAUUUUCUAUAAAAAGCAAUGCCCAAUGGUGUCUUCAUCUGUGUACAUAAUGUUAUCUGCCCCAAAUAAAAUUAAAUGUCAUUUCAUAUACAGCAUAAGGGGCAGAACA